AUGGAGGAGUUAAUAGUGGAGCUGCGGCUCUUUCUCGAGCUCCUGGACCACGAAUACCUCACGUCCACCGUCAGAGAGAAGAAGGCCGUGAUCACGGACAUCCUGCUGCGGGUGCAGUCCUCCAGAGGCAGUCCGCUCAGCGUCCCCCGCCCCAGCCUGUCACCUCCGUCCGUCGGCGCUGCGUCCCUGCGCCUGUGCCGGCCCGAGCCAGCGGCCGUCUGGGCCAGGGCUCCCCCUCAGCUGGCCCCCCGCCUCCCUCCAGAUUAUGACUCGGACGCCAUGAGCAGCUCGUACGAGUCGUACGACGAGGAGGAGGAGGACGGGAAGGGCAAGAAGACGGGGCACCAGUGGCCCUCCGAGGAGGCCUCCAUGGACCUGGUGAGGGACGCCAGGAUCUGCGCCUUCCUGCUGCGGAAGAAGCGCUUCGGCCAGUGGACCAAGCUGCUCUGCGUCGUCAAGGACACCAAGCUGCUGUGCUACAAAAGCUCCAAGGACCAGCAGCCGCAGACGGAGCUGGCCCUGCAGGCCUGCAGCGUCACCUACACCCCCAAGGACGGCAGGAAGAAGAAGCACGAGCUGAAGAUCGCGCAGCAGGGAGCCGACCCGCUGGUCCUGGCCGUGCAGAGCAAGGAGCAGGCCGAGCAGUGGCUGAAGGUGCUUGAGCCGUUCCCGCUCCCGUCCCCACACCUGCCGCGGCGGGGGGCGUCGUUUGAGGGCGACCAUGAUGCUCACGGUGUGAAGGACGGCUCCCGCCGCCUGAUUCCUGUUGCCCCGGUCAUCGGGGAUGUGCUUCGGCCGGAUGUUCGCCCCCGGGACGCGCCUCUUCUGGUCGUGUAUCCACCCUUCAGUGGGGGGGACCCUAGCCAGGGGGACCCUGAGGCCACAGGGGAGAAGCCACUGGGCCAGAGCCAGAAGCUGCAUUUUGCAGGAAAUGAGGUCGCUAGGUCACUUUGCUGGCCCAAGUCCCCACUCGCCAGCCCCAGGCCUGCCCUUCCAGGCACCGUCCACGCCGUGGCCACGCCAGCAGGCCCUUCCCGGGCAACGCGCCCACAGCCCAGGAUCAAGCCGAACCCACCCGGGCGCAGCGUGGCUCACUGCCUGCCGGGGCGCCCUCCGCACCCCGCCACCGAAAACUCGUACUCAUCCCUCAGCGCCCAGGCAGGGGCCAGGCCUGUGGCGGCCCAGGACGCCCCCGGCUAG